GCGAAAACGUGUUCUGAUGAGCGGUCUUUCCAUUGGCGCCUUGCAAGUUGAAAAUGUUCAUCAAACCGCUCGACACGACAGCGCUUCCAUCGGCCACAUUCCAGGACCAUGCCGGCAAUGCGCACUUCGCCCUUCAAUCCAAGAAGGCGAACGUCGUAAGAUCCCUCUUUAGUGGGAUAGCGUCUCUGUCGCUUUCAACCUCUUCAGAUAGCGCAUAUAAGAAAAAUAUAAUGGAGUACGAGUUUCGCAUUAUUCUGCGAUGUCCAAGUCGAAAGGCUGAAUACAUCGUUGCUGUUGAUGACACGUUCGAGAAGAUCCAUACUGAUUGGAAUUGGGUGGAGAGAAACUUGUUUUUGAAGCUUGCAGAGAUUGAUGCAUCGGGUUCAACCUUUACCCCACACCAGCUUGACACGAUGUUAUUGAAACAGUUUGAGGAAUUGACAGAGGAAGCUGUGGACCCGAGAGCAGCUGAGGUACAAGCGAAACUCCAGGAAGUUCGGAAAUCGCUCCUGCCUCAUUUUCCGAUGCUGUCAGACGAGAUCUUACUAAACUUCUACGCAUGCACUUACUGGAUCAGUGAAACGGUUGCCGCCAGGGGACAGCUAUGCAUAACCCGCAACUACGUUUGUUUCUACGGCUCCAAAUCAGCGGGACAGCCUGAAAGCAAUCUAUCGAAUCCUUCAGAUGUGCCUAUUUCCAUUGGCCUGAAAGAUGUCACCUCUUUGGAACUCGUGAAUGCAAGCCGGUUACUGUUGCCGGAUAGUAUCCAGAUUGGAACAAAGCGGAAGAAUUACACCUUUUCGCUGUACUUUCACCGAAAAGAAGUCUUCCGAGUUCUCUCUGUAUUGGCCAAUGCAGCAAUGAAUCGUUUGAUAAAAGGGGCGGAAAAUUCAAUAUCUGCACUGUCGGACAUGUUCGGCAAGGGUAAUGUCAGCGGAGAUUUGUCGGCUAACGUUGGAAAUCGCGGCGGCGGGCUGUUAACAAUGGGGCGGUCGCGUGAUGAAUUUUCCUUCUUCCCGCGCCGAUCAGCUAGUGCGGUGAGCGACGGGUUGGAUGAAACAGACUUCACAGAGCAACUGGAGCGGACAGGCGAUCAACACAAACCGUCAGGGGAGGCAGCUGACUCAGAAUUGGAGAAAACUGGGGCUAUCGAAGAAGACGAGAGUGAUGGUGUAGGGGCAGCGGACUUCACGUAUGGCCUGAUGCGAUAUGCCCACAUCUCCGCUGCGACGAUGAAUUCCAUAGAAGACCUAGACAUCCAAACGAGAAACCUAGAGUUUCGUCAGCUAUUCAGGUUGCCCUUUUCGGACACAAUCGUGUUGGAUGAAGCCCCAUGCUACUUCUAUCAUCGAAUGAACUCUGCCAACAUCACUGGUAAACUGUAUCUCUCGCAAAAUUUCCUAAAUUUCGUGGGCCUAUCACCAGCCGGUUCCGGGGGCCAGAUAUUGGGGAGUACUGCAGCAUCAAAUUCUGCGUCGAUGUCCACGCUCUUUGAGUCUCCGCAGGAUCCCACGUUGAUAUUGAGUAUACCGUAUCCGCAUAUCGUUUCUGUUAAAAAGCAGCCCCCAACGGCCCUACCUGCUGCUGGGAAAAUAUCCACGUUUUCUUUGUCAGGCUACCUUGUUCUGUCAACCAAGAGCAAACAGGAAAUCUGGCUGUCAUUUGGUAAUGUCAAAAGUAGAGAUCGUGUAUCGGAAAUUCUUCUGCAAAGGAUGAAACAGGUUGAUUUUCAUUUUGAUGACGAUUUUGUGGUUGGUGAACGAAACGGUGGCAUUAUUCGACGAGGUUCCACAGUCCAACCAUCUACACCUGGAGGAUCGCAACCUGCAACGAGUGGAUCAGCUUUUACAUUCCGCGUUAGUGGUUCCGCAAACUCUACUGGCAGUCUUGACGAGUUCAUUGGCAGCCUACAAGAGGACAAGAUAUACGGAACCGGUGGUGGACCUCGAAUUCUUCAGAUUGGUCUCAAAUUCUUGUUCGAUGACCUCCACAGCGAAGGGACGCUGCCGCCAGCAAUGAGAGUUCGGGGUGGAAGCCAAGAUUUUGAAACUGAUAUGGUGAAAAGAUCUAUUAGCAACCCCCCCUUGUCUGAAGACCGUGUGAGCAGGACCCAAGCAGAUGCACAGGCAAUAGAGAAGUGGGAAGACUAUUUGGAAGGCAAUGGAAGAGAUGUUUGUAUGAUCAAAGACUUUAAGGCGUUGCGCGAACUAAUAAUACGGACCAAUGGGAUACCAAUCAAAUUCCGUGGCGACAUCUGGAUGAUAUGUGCCGGCAGCUGGUAUUCACGCCCGGAGAAAGACUAUUAUACUAAGCUCGUGCAUGGUCAUAUGCGGGAGACUAGCGUGUUUGCCGAAGAGAUUGAGAAAGACGUUCGCAGGAGUUUACCAGAGCACCCAGCGUACCAGUCGACGGUGGGUAUUGACGCCCUUCGACGGCUCCUCACUGCAUAUUCGUGGCGAAAUCCAGCUAUUGGCUAUGCACAAGCUUUGAAUAUCAUAUCCGCCGUCCUGUUACUCCAUUUACGAGAAGAGGAUGCCUUUUGGUUGCUGUGCAUCAUAGUUGAACGAAUUCUCCCUGACCAUUAUACUAAAACAUUGGUUGGCUCAGUGGUCGACCAAAACGUUUUCUCUCACUUGGUGCAAAUCCACCUUCCCACGCUCUGGGCUCACUUGACCAAGUUGUAUAUGGAUUUAUCCACAAUAUCAGUACCUUGGUUUGUCUGCCUUUUUCUAAAUACGGUUCCUUUGCGUGUCGGGGUGAAAUUUUUGGACGCAUUCUUCUUGGACGGACCGAAGUUUCUGUUUUGGGUGGCUCUCGCCAUUUUGAAGAUAAACGAAUCCCAACUAGUGCAGAAGGGCAAAGACGAUGAUCUCUUCGUUAGAAUCCUGAAAAACUUCUUUCAAAGACUGGGCACGGAAGGGGAUGCCGACGCAAACGUCGGUGACGCUGAAGGUACUAGUGCAUCAGAGGGUAGCGAUCCUGCACCUCCACGGGGCAGUCAAGACACGUUUAGACGGUUCGGCGGAGGCACAGAUGCAGUUGACGUCUCCACGCUAACCGGACGGAAGCUCUUUGAACACCUGAUGUCGGUUGCGUACAGUACCUAUUCAUCGACGGUGACAGCGGAGGUAAUCGAACCGCUGAGAAUGCGCUACAGGCUCAUAGUGGUGCAUCAAAUGGAGGAGACCAGUCGUAAGUCUCAAGUGCGAACGCUUUGUGAGCAAGUUUCAAUGACUUUUGAAGAGGUGGGGAUUGUCUAUGAUGAAGUGAGAAAGUAUGAAUAUGGUCACGAGGAGGAAGUGGAGGAUGGGCGCGGCAUCGCCGCUUUGAGAAAAAAAGAGGAAGAAGUCGAGGAGGCAGAAAUGAGAGAUUUAUUGAUCUCUCUGGGCGGAUGGGGUAUGGCUGGCCGUACCUCGGGCGAGGCUGGGAAGAAGAACAAAAAAAGGAGUAAAAUGCAAAGACAGCAGGAAGUUGGACAGAAAACAGUACGACUCAGCGAUUUUCGGAAGGUCCUCGCUGUGGUCAGCCCAUGGCGGAGUGGAACCACCGGAGUGGCACCGACAAAAGACGCAGGACGACCUUCCACAGAAAAUCGCGGUAAUACAUUAGGUCGCAGCUCAGUGGCGUCAACUCGUACUAUACCACAUAGUGGGUCAGGCACGUUGAAAUCCUCUCCAUCAGCAAGUUCAGUCAAAGGACAAGAUCCGCUUGGAAGCAAUCUAAGUCUGCGCAGCGUUGCAUCAACGGACGAGAUUCAGAUUGGACUCACAGAUCGAAUGUAUUUCUAUUGUUCACUGCACUACAACUUCCUGCGGACUGCAAAACACCGAAGUACAGACGCGUCUUCACCUUUAGCGCCGCCGCAAGUAGGUGAAGCGACUGCAGAUAGCCGAGAUGCAAGUGGUCAUGGAAGUGACAGGAGUACGUACAUCGUGGAUCUUGCGACCGUGGUCCAUAUUCUGGACAUCAUCAUGAAGCAACCAUUGCAUUCGCGUUUACGGUUCCUGUUCGAUAUUCAUGACAUCGACGGAGACGGAUUUCUAAAUAAGAACGAGCUCAAAGCUGUAAUGGACAGCUUAUUGGAGAUGUUUGAAAGACUGCGACAAGAAGGCGUAGCUUCGGGAGCAGGAACUCCAGAGGGCACUCGGGAAGACGAGGAGCUUUACCUGAGCGCGGUGAGCUCGUUCCUAAAUACAGCGCUCAAACUGGGGAAUAAUAAGGGAGACUCAACAGGAACUCUGAGCGGUUUUGGUUCAGGGAGCUCACAAGGAAUGAAGAAGUCCGCGAGUAUUGAUCUAGUGCCUUCCCGUGAUUCUGGUGGUUCAGGAUCCAGUUCGAAUCUAGCAGCAUCACACUCGCGCCGUACAGGCGCUCAUCGACAUCAUCAACAGCAUUUUAAACCGAAGCUUGAUGAAGCGCUGGGAGAAGAGGAAGGUGAGGGGGAUUUGGGAGGGGCACUGGGUGACGGCCCGCCAUCUAAAGUCGAUUUGACCGGAUCGGGGAUUGGACAAGGGCCGGGCCGCGGGUCGACGAAAUAUGAACGAGGGCACCGACGAAAGAGAUCAGCUUCCUUAUCCUCAUCAGAUGGAAAGCUUGCCACAACCGAAGCAGUAUCCGCAUCUUCGAAUAUCCAGGCGGGUAGCGACACCUCAUUGCCUUUUCGGCUAUCCUUCAACGAAUUUCUACUGGCUGUACUUUCGCAAAGUGUCUUUGUUCAAUACUUUGAGAGAAUCUGGGUUCUAUCCAAGGAGGAUGGGACAGAUAUGGGUGACGGACGGAUAGUCAUUGGUUGGAAGAAAUAAGCUUGAUGUCUGUAGUCUAUCUUGGAGACUUGCUGAAUCAGCAAUAUCAUGUGAUUAAAUGAACCUCACAGCCACCACCUCAUAUCUUCC